AUGAUAAAAUGCACUAAAGUGUCUAUUACGAGGGAGAAAUGCACCCGGGAUUAUGUCCUGGAGGGAGCUAUCUCGUUCAGCGACGAAGAUGCUGAGGGCAUCGUACAACCUCACAAUGAUGCACUGAUCAAGGGUCGUACAACAAUAGGGGUACAUGAUCAAAUUGUACCGGCGGUUUGGGUAUUGAAUGGGUUCAAUAUGGCAUGUGAGACUACGAAAGGAGAGAUAUCUUUGCCGGUAAACACUGUCGGGACAACCCAAAAAAUAAAGUUAUAUGUGAUUGAAGGGGAUAUGAGGUACAACGCUUUGUUCGAAAGACCAUGGGUCCACAACAUGAGGGCGGUACCUUCGACAUUAUACCAUGCGCUGAAAUUUCCCACACCGGCGGGAGUUAAAACUAUCUACGGAGAGCAGCCGAUUGCGAGGAAAAUGUUUGUUGUCGAUGAAGUGAUCCCGGUACCCGCGAUCUCAACAUCAAGAAGUGCGGAACUGGCCAAAAAAGAAGAAACUAAAUAG